CUAAGCUUUAAAACCCUUUCCCCUGCCAUUUCGUCCCACCCCAAAACCCUAUCCUAUUUUCUCGGCUCCCAUCUUUUUUCUCUCGAGUAAGGAGUGUUCUCUUUUUGGGAGAUGUCCAGGUGUUUCUGUCGACCAAAUCCAGAGAAUUAAGAAAUGGCGUCGAGAGCGAUCGUCAGAAGAAAAAGGAUCAUUUCUGAUUACUUGAAUGGCUCUGCUCGCUCGAUUCAGAGCUUCCAGUCGAUCGGAAAUGCCGGUCAAACGCUUGAUUCACAUGCUUAUCACUCUGUUGUCACUCGUCCUCCCAUGGACCUUAACCGUGUAAACGAAGACAGGUCCUUGAAGGGAGGAGAUGGAUUUUUGUUACCCUCUAGAAUAGGAUAUUUCGACCGUAGAUUUCAUGGGUUUUGUUUCUCGGGUUUCGGGUUUGCACAGUCAGAAAUUGUGCCUUCUGUGUGGAUGAGAUAUCCGGGCAUAUCCAUGCGUAAUGCUUCCAUGGCUGCAGCUAAGAAACCGGAGUUUGAAGACGAGGACAACGAUGAAGUGGUUGCGAGAAAGAGAAAAGAGGCAUCUCCUGAAGCAUGUGAUAUGGCUGUUGAGGAUCUGAGCAGUGCUAAAGCCAAGGCAAAAGCUAAACGUCUUCAAGAGUCUGGAAAGGUUGCUCAAUCGAUACUACGGAGGACAUGGGCAGCUCUUCUGGGGAUAGGUCCUGCUUUAAGAGCCAUUGCCUCCAUGAGCAGGGAAGAUUGGGCGAAGAAGCUCACCCACUGGAAACACGAGUUUGUGUCAACACUGCAACAUUACUGGCUCGGGUCGAAAUUACUGUGGGCAGACGUGAGAAUUAGUUCAAGAUUACUGCUCAAGUUGGCUGGCGGAAAGAGUCUCUCAAGAAGAGAAAGGCAACAGCUAACCCGGACAACAGCCGAUAUUUUUAGAUUAGUCCCAUUUGCAGUGUUCAUUAUUGUGCCAUUUAUGGAGUUUUUGCUCCCUGUUUUCUUGAAGCUCUUCCCUAAUAUGUUGCCAUCAACUUUCCAGGACAAGAUGAAAGAAGAGGAAGCAUUAAAAAGGAAACUGCUUGCACGAAUAGAAUAUGCUAAGUUUCUCCAGGAUACGGUCAAAGAGAUGGCCAGGGAAGUUAAAAACUCAAGAAGUGGAGAGCUAAAGCAAACUGCCGAGGACCUCGAUGAGAUUUUAGAGAAGGUCCGUAAAGGUAGAACUGUCUCAAAUGAAGAACUUUUGAGCUUUGCAAAGCUGUUCAAUGAUGAGCUUACAUUGGAUAACAUUAGCAGGCCUCGCUUGGUUAGCAUGUGCAAAUAUAUGGGUAUUAGCCCAUUUGGAACGGAUUCCUAUCUGCGUUAUAUGCUCAGGAAAAGACUGAGGAGAAUUAAGGAUGAUGACAAAUUAAUUCAAGCAGAGGGUAUAGAUUCCCUCUCGGAAGCUGAGCUCCGAGAAGAUUGCAGGGAAAGGGGAAUGCUGGGGCUGGUUUCUGUUGAGGAGAUGAGGCAACAGCUUCACGAUUGGUUGGAUUUAUCACUUAAUCAUUCUGUCCCCUCUUCUUUGUUAAUUCUUUCCAGGGCAUUCACUGUUUCUGGCAAAAUAAAGCCAGAGGAUGCUGUACGAGCUACACUUUCUUCUCUCCCCGACGAGGUUGUGGAUACCGUUGGCAUCACUUCUCUGCCAUCUGAGGACUCUGUCUCUGAGAGAAGAAGGAAAUUAGAAUACCUUGAGAUGCAAGAAGAACUGAUCAAGGAGGAGGAAGAGAAGGAAGAAGAAGAGCUUACAAGGAUUAAAGAGGCUAAAGGUAGUGAAGAGGAUAAGGCACUGCAGGAGAUGAUCACACCAACGGCCAGAGAAGCACAAGAACAGGCUAGAGCUAGCGCUCUGGAAAAGCAAGAUCAGCUUUGUGAACUCAGUCAAGCAUUGGCUGUUUUGGCUUCUGCUUCAUCGGUGAGUAGAGAGCGUGAAGAAUUCCUGAGGCUGGUCAAGAAAGAGAUGGAAUUCUAUAAUACAAUGGUCGAGAGAGAAGAUGUUGAUGGAGCAAAGGCUGCAGUGAAGGCGUACAAAGCGGCUCGUGAAGAAAGUGAUCAACCUGACGAAGUUCCUGAAGCUGACGAGGUCUCCUCAGCACUGAUGGAACAGGUUGAUGGUAUGAUACAAAAUCUUGAGAAAGAAAUUGAUGAUGUGGAUGUCAAGAUUGGCAAAGGUUGGCAGCUGCUUGACAGGGACCGAGACGGGAAGGUCACGCCAGAUGAAGUGGCGCCUGCCGCAAUGUACCUAAAGGACACACUGGCGAAGGAAGGCAUCCAACAGCUCAUCAGUAGUCUCUCCAAAGACAAAGAGGGAAGGAUCCUGGUGGAAGACAUUGUGAGGUUGGGAAGGUUGGGGAGUAAAGCCGAGGAUGAACACGCUGCAGAAGAAGAAGAACCGCGUUGAAGGAGGCUCAUAUUAUAAUCAAACACCUCAACAAUGCCUUUGAUUUUGUCGGUCGAUACAUAAAAGUUGCAUAUACGAGAGCCCAAAAGGACGACAACUUUGCUAGUGAUGUAAAGAGUUAACAAAAAAAAAACACAUUGGGGCUAAAAUAUAAUAGACUUGGCUGAACUAUGUUAGUUCAGUGACUAUCAAUAAAUUCAUAUAUUGAUUAGCA